AUGUGUUCGGAUGUUCUUUCUGCGCAGACAUUGGCGAUGAGUGACAAAAUGGAAUGUGAGAAUUUGUCUAGAAAAAGCUGGAAAUUGCGUUUCCUGGAGGAAUUGCUAACUUUAGAAAGGAAGGAAAGUCACUAUAAUGUGAUGAAAAGAGAUGAAUACGAUAAGUUAUUAGCGGAGACUGAAGAAGCUAAAGCUGCAAUAAAGAAGACGCCUUUGCAAUACCGAAGAGUUAAAAGAUUUGAUGUUUUUGAAAUCGGUGGAACGAAAAAGUUGAUUUCAAAAGACGAACCAGUCAAGUAUUAUUUGCCAGCAGAAGAAAUAUACGACGUCAUAGAAAGUGCGCAUAUAGCUGUAGGACAUGGAGGUCGAGACAGAAUGAAGAAGGAAACAUCGAGGAAAUACGCCAAUAUAACUAAUGAAAUGAUAAAUAUUUUUUUGUCAAUGUGCGAAACUUGUCAACAAAAAAGAAGCAAGCGCAAGAAAGGUUUGGUUUCUAAGUCGAUCCUUCACUCAGAAAUGAAUAGCCGUUGUCAAGUAGAUUUAAUCGACAUGCAAUCUCAGGCUGAUGAACAAUUUAAAUUUAUUAUGGUUUACCAAGACCAUUUAACGAAAUUUAUCUUACUGCGAGCGCUCCAGAGCAAAAGAGCUGAAGAAGUUGCUUUGCAACUUACUGAUAUUUUUUUGACAUUUGGAGCUCCCUGUAUUUUACACUCUGAUAAUGGUAGAGAAUUUGUCAAUUCUGUCAUAGAAGAGUUAUUUACAUAUUGGCCGAGAGCACUUCAUUUUGGAAUCAAACAAUCACCUUAUAAAGCAAUGUUUGGAAUUGAACCAAGAGUUGGACUGACGACAUCAUCAUUGCCAUCUGAUAUGAUUACAAAUAUCCAUGAUGAAAAUGACCUUCAGAACAUAAUCGAGCAGAUGAAUACAGAGCACGAGGAAACUGAAAUAGUUGAAGAAGUACAAGAAGAUGAAGCGGAGGCGAUGCUAACUACAAUAUCGUCAAACAUCUCCUUAGCCAGGAAGGAAGCCAAAGAAAAUUUGGAGAAACAGACCAAAAGAAUGCAAUUGAUUUCCGAUGCAACUCAUUCUCCGGUUGAUAUAGGAGCUAAUAUCAUUAUACCCAUUCCAGAUGUUGACAGAGGAAAGGCAGACUUACGAAAUCUCAUAGGUAUCGUUCUUGAAAGAAAUGAAGAUGGAUUAUACAAAAUUGGCACAAAGGACGGAAUUCUAAAUAAAUUAUAUUGCAGAUCUGAAUUUGAUAUAUCUCCUCAAAUAUUCUUGACUCAAGAACAAAUGCCGAAACAGGAAAUUUUCUUGAGAACUGCAGCUAGAAAAGGCGCCGUUGGUACAGGACAAGGCUUUGUCCGCUGUGCUUGCACAAAAAAUUGUACUUCAAAGCGUUUCUUUUGUAUGAAAAAGGGCAAUCUUUGCAACUCUAAAUGCCAUAACAGUAUGCCUUGUAAGAAUAAGUAG